AUGUCAACCUCAUCCACUAACAAAGACAUUCUUCUUCUUCAAUCGAUUUCUAAAGUUUUCAAUGGUUAUGUUAUUUUGGCACUUAUCGCCAUUGGAACGAUUGGAAAUGUGUUGAAUAUCAUUGUUUUUCUUCGACACAAAACACUUCGUCAAAUGUCCAACUGUGCUUUCUUGAUUACCUUCUUCGUCAGUAACCUGAUAUCUCUAUGGGCAUCUCGUUUUCAACGUGCCGUGUUAGCCAUUACGGGAGUUGAUCUUCUAGUCGGGUCAAUCUUUUAUUGUAAAUUUCGCUGGUUGUUUGGUCGCUGGAGUUACAACAUGUCAUUCACAUGCAUUUGCUUAUCAAGUGUCGAUCGCUUUCUCAACACUUCACGAAGUGAAUGUUGUCAAAGACUCAUCACUUUUAAACGAGCUGUCGUCAUUACAAUUGUAAUAAGUUUGGAAUAUCUGAUCAUUUUCAUGCCAGAUGCUAUUUAUUAUUCUGGAUAUCAAUGUACAGCAUCGAGUAGUGACCGUGCUAUGUAUCAACAGUUCAUAGUAUAUUACAAUUUGAUAAUGACCAAUAGCAUUCCACCAGUGACUCUUGGCAUUUUCUGUUUACUCACAUGGUAUAAUCUUCUCUUCAUAAAACGCCGAAAGAGCAAUCGAUUGUUUAAUCAAUUAAAUCGAAUGAUGAUGGCUGAAUUUUCUGUGGUAUUUUUCAGUUCGAUACCAAACUUCUUAUACAAUAUUUAUGCACAGGUGACCCAAUCUACUGUCAAAUCCGACUUGAGAGUGGCACACGAAAACAUCUGGAGAAAUGUGUUUGUCACACUUAGUUUUUCAUUGAAUGUUGGAACAUUCUAUAUCUAUUUUUUGAUGUCUAGCGCGUACAGACGAAAAGUGAAAGCAAUUUUUUGUUGUAGAAAACAUAAUUAA